CGAUUAUUAUCGGCACUUCGACUCUCGCGUAAUUCAUCGUUGAACGAUACACUUGUCGCGGACCCGUUCGCCGUGAGAUUUCCUCAUCGUACCUCCAAGAUGGAUAAGAACGGUUUCCUUUUGAUCCUGCUAUUUAUUCUCGACGCCGUGUGUGUCGACGUGAUAAUGUCGUUCAGUUCGAGAAGUUGCAACGACGCCGAAAGUCAAUCGAGCAUGCUUCAACUGAAGAGACACCUUCUCUGCGAGUAUGACAUGGACGUAAGACCGGUGCAAAACAACAAUAAUGUGACGCGCGUGAAAUUGCAUAUAAUUCCGCAAUUCUUAGAAUAUGAUAAUCAGGAAGAACACUUCGACGUGCAUACGUGGACGUCUAUGACGUGGGACGACUCGCAUUUGACAUGGGAUCCCGCUCAGUUCAACGACAUCCAGUUUAUGUUUGUGUCCACCUACGAAAUUUGGGUGCCGGACAUUUAUCUGCAUAACGUGGAUUUAGAAGACACCAUGUUCUCGGGUUCCACGCAGACGAAGUGUUGGGUCUGGAGGAAAGGAAUGGUCCAGUGGUUAACGCCGGCGAAGUAUUCCACACACUGCGUCGCAGAUAACACGUGGUGGCCGUAUAACACUAUGAACUGUUCAAUACAGUUCGGUUCGUGGUCGUAUUCCAGCGACGAAAUCGACCUCGUUCAUUACUCCAAUAUGACGACGAUCACGGAUCUGCGCGAGUACCAGAAGAACGCCGAAUGGGAUUUGCUACAGUUUUACGUAACGAACCAUGAGGAAAAUCACAAAUACAAUUCGGACAUCACUUCCAAAUUGCUUACUUAUCAUUUCGUUCUGAAGAGGCACUGGGGUAUCAUACGCAUUGCGUUUGUGUCACCCGCUAUAGUGUUGAUGACGAUGACUUUGAUAACUUUGUGGCUGGAUCCGACAUCCUUCGAGCGGAUGAUAAUCGCCAAUCUCAAUUUAAUCUGCCAUUUUCUGUGCAUACAAGACGUACAUUGGGAAAUGCCGAAGAACGGCUUCAACACUCCUAAAAUACUCACCUUCUACGAGAGUUCCUUCGCGAUGGCGUCGUUCGCGCUCAUCCUCACGAAUAUCCUGCGACAAUUGCAAGAGCUCACCUCUGCGCCGCCUGCAUGGAUCUCAACGGCUACAACAUUCCUUUUACGUAGCCGUGUUGGUCAGAUUCUCCUAGUUAGCAUCUUGGAUCCGGCCGCGACUGCCAAGAUAGAAAUCGACGCGGAUGAUAACACCGAUCUCGUGCAGUCAAAUAGCAAAAAAUCGCCAUGGAGCUAUGUGACAGUGCUUAUCGGUUGGUUAGCUUUCUUGAGCGUCCUUCUCAGUUAUGUCGUACUAUUAGCCAUAUGUAUGCCGACCAGUUAAACUGUCGAUACGUCAUCAAUGCUAAAACUAUCAAGGGAGUCUGAUUCGCGUUUGUAAUUUCUUAUAAACUUUACUAAAAUUUCUAAUAAUGCGUUUUAUAUCAUUAAGCGUUAAAUAAAACUGAAUAAACAUUUUUUCCCUUGUA